CAGGGGUGGGGCUUUGGGCGGGAGGUGGCCGUUAGUGGCUUCUGAUUGGUCCAUUCCGUAGACGAGCGACCCCAUUGCCCAAUGGAAGCAACAGGCAGUGGGACCAGACCCGGGGAGCUAAGCAGCUACGGUGGUGGUAGGCGGAGGUGAGGAGCUGUCCGUCCGGGGCUGGUCCCCACGUCCUGGGCCGGGAAGGUGGGACGCCUUGGGCUAAAAGAAGCUCCCCUCCCAAACCUGACAUUGGAUCGGACUCGUGGCUAGCCCCAGCUCUGACCCCCGACCUCCCGGACUGACCCUUGACCCCUGCCCCCGUCCCCGCCCCGGAGUACUCCUGGGUCCCCAGCUGCCCCUAUCGGAACCGACGCCCGAGCCGGAGCGAUGUUUCCCGUGAAAGUGAAAGUGGAGAAGUCAGGUACGGCCAGGUCAGAAGGUGGGAGGUAAGAGGUCAAGGAAGGCUUUCAGAGACACUGCCCUCUUCCCCUCGGGAAGAGGGAGCAAUCUUGGAAGCCUGCCUGGAGGAGAAGGAGGAGGAGGGAGCAAUUCGGGGAGAAUGGAGAAGAGCUGGAGAUGUCCAAGGCCAGGAACCACUUGGAUGCCGUCCUGCAGUGUUUGCUGGAGAAGAGCGAUGUGGACCGGGAGCAGCUGGAGGAAGAGGCCGGGAAAACGCCCUCGGAUGCCCACAGCAAGGAUUGCUCUAUCUCGGCAGCUGGCAAACGGCCCUCUGCCAGGUUCCCCCAUCACCGGAGGAAGAAGAGGAAGGAGAUGGAGGACGGGCUCUCGGAGGGGGGACAGCAGAGACCCAACACUUACACCAUCAAGCUGUUUGACCGGAGCGUGGACCUGGCCCAGUUCAGUGAGAACACACCCCUGUACCCCAUCUGCCGAGCCUGGAUGAGGAACUGCCCCUCUGUCCGGGAGCCCGAGCGUUCUCCCAGCCCUCCCCCACCUCCCCGGCCGGAGGAUGAGGAGGGAGAGGUCAGCAACGGGAAGAGCCGAGAUGUCUACAAGCUGCCGCCCCCCACAGCCCCCUGCCCUCCCGGGGAAGCCCCCAGCCCCAGAAUCCCCUCCCCGCUUCGGCCAGAGGGCCAGGAGGCCUCUGAGGACCCACCCCCUGAGACAGCCCCAACCAUGUCCUCCCUCAUCUACCGCAACAUGGAGCGCUGGAAACGCAUCAGACAGAGGUAUGCGCCCCCCCCUCCUCCCCUCGAGCCCCCACCGGCCCCCCGAACUGGCCCUGAGAGCCUGUCAUCCCCCAGGUGGAAGGAGGCCUCCCACCGGAACCAGCUUCGGUACUCUGAGAGCAUGAAGAUUCUCCGGGAGAUGUAUGAGCGCCAGUGACCCUCCCCUUGAUGGACCCCCCAAUAAAAGUGCCCUCUUCCCGCA